AUGGCCGACGGUGUAUACACUCUUCAGGAGGUAGCGAAGCAUACCAGCAAGACUGACCUUUGGGUCACCUUGUGGAAUCACGUCUACGAUGUAACAGACUACCAAGAAGACCAUCCUGGUGGUAAGGAGUUCCUGCUCGAAAACGCUGGCACAGAUGCAACUACCGCAUACGAGGAUAUCGGUCACUCCACAGACGCCAGAGAAAUUCUCGAAAACUUCCGCAUUGGACGUAUCGCAGACGAGGACUGGACCGACCAUGAAGCCGCAAAGAUGCCCACGAUCAUCCCCAGCAGAGUUCAUGUUGUGAACAAUCUGCCUGUGCCAAAGUCGUAUCGCUUCCAUCUUUCAGCGCUCGGCUUUGGUCUAGCAUCUGUCGUACUCUCCAUUGUAGCCGGUCGAAGAUUUUCUCCGCUCCUGCACCGCUUCCAGAGCGCUGGGUUCUGGAAGGGAUUCGCGGUCUCUUCUCUUGCCAGCAUGGCUUUGGCUGGAUAUGCCAGUCUAUGGGCAACGAAGAGCUUCGACGUCGCACACAAGGACUUCCAAUCCUACCCGGCACAUUUCAAAGCCAAGUCAACUUCGUCAAAACCAUCGAGGAAGAAAGACAUCAACCUUGGUGUUCUCAAUGCUCGUGUCUACCAGCCCUUCCCAUUGAUUGACAAGUUCAACAUUUCUCACGACACUAUCCGCUUCGUCUUUGGGCUGCCCAAUGAAAACUCCGUUCUUGGUUUACCGACUGGUCAGCACAUCGCAAUCAGACACGAGAUAGACGGAAAGCAGCUUGCACGAUCAUACACGCCAACAUCCAGCAAUAAAGACCGUGGCCGCCUGGAACUCACCGUCAAGAUUUACGAGGGCGGUAAACUGACACCCUACCUGAGCAAACUGAACAUUGGCGACACUGUUGAGAUUCGAGGACCAAAGGGCGAGAUGAAGUACCACAAGAAUCUUGUAAAGGAACUCGGAAUGAUCGCUGGUGGCACUGGUAUCACACCCAUGUUCCAGCUCAUCCGCCGCAUCUGUGAAGACCCCCGCGACAACACCAAGACGACCCUACUAUACGCCAACAAGACUGAAGGCGACAUCUUGCUCAAGGAUGAACUUGACAAGUUCGCUGAGAAGCACGACCAGUUCAAGGUUCACUACGUUUUGAGCAACCCAUCGGAGAGCUGGAAAGGAGAAAAGGGUCGGAUUAGUAAGAAGAUGAUUGAAGAGCGUCUCCCUGCACCAGCUGGUAUGGACUCCAAGGUUCUUGUUUGCGGACCGGAUCCUAUGAUGGAUUCCAUGAUCAACUAUCUGCAAGAACGCGGCUUUAAGGCACCUGGCAAGAUCUCCAAGCCGCAGGAUGAGAUUUUCACUUUCCAGUGA